AUUGAAUAAAUAAACUACUACGGCACGAAACGCACCGCUGAGAAACUGAUUCCCUUACUCGAGCUAUCUCAUUCUCCAAGGAUAGUUAAUGUUUCCUCCACAAUGGGGAAACUAUCGAGUAUACAAAAUAAAUGGGCUAGAGAUACGCUCAACGACAUCGAAAGCCUUACAGAAGAGAAGAUCGAUCAAGUAACGAAUGAGUUCCUUAAAGACUUGAAGGAGGGUUCGGUAGAAGCCAAAGGGUGGCCUAGUUAUUGGAGCGCGUACUGUGUCUCAAAAGCAGCAGUGACUGCAUACACGAGAAUCCUAGCUAAAAAGUAUCCGAAGAUACUGAUAAAUGCUGUGUGUCCGGGCUGGGUCCACACCGAUCUUAGCCAACAUUCGGGCCCACUAACACCUGAACAAGGGGCCAAAAGCCCGGUGAGGCUGGCUAUGUUGCCUGAAAAUGGACCUUCUGGUUUGCUCUUUUAUAGGAUGCAGGUAUCAUCUUUUUAGGCCUUGUUUGGUUGCAAGAUAGGAUUAUUACUCUUUAAAAUAGGACACGGAACACGUGUAAAUAUUGAAAAUAUAGUGCCACGUGUAUAAAUUAAAAAAAUUGCGUAUAUGUUUUUAUUUA